CCGAAUUACGGCUACGGGGAGAAGAAGAAAAAAGGAGACACAAGUAGAGGGAGAAAUAAGAAGAAAAAUUUUGAAAAGGAGGAAAUAAGGUAGGAGGAGAAGGGUGGAAGAGCAAACAGACUCGUCGCAAUCCCGGCUCUACUUACUCGAAAUCUCAUUCACACGCGACACAGCGCGCCUCAAACCAUGUCGUCUUCGACGCCUCUCUCGAACCAACGGCAGCGCCAACCACCACAAGGCGCCCAGACCCAGACCCUGACUGAGGCGCCUGCCGGCUCGGGGACACGGACAGGGACCGACGCGCCUGCCCCAGCAGCCCCCGCAAUCCUUCGAUUGCGUGGGGCACGCCCGGCAUCCGACCACCGCGUGCAGUGGGCCGAGUCCGUGGUAGACAACGAGGGCUUGGGUCGGAAGCGAUCGAAAGUCUGCUGUAUAUACCACGCCCCCCGCCAGGUAGGCGAAUCGUCCGAUGAAUCCUCCUCAGGCGACGACUCCUCUUCCUCCUCGUCGGACUCGGAUUCCGGCUCCGACGGUGGCGGCGGUGGCGGCGGACCGCAGGACGACCCGCGCGAGCGAGCCAUGGCUGCGCGGAGACGCCAGCAGCAGCAGCAGCAACGGCGUGACCACGAUCACGGACACAAUCACGAUCAUGGCCGUGACCACGGCCGUGACGGAGACCGGCGCCGGCGCCGGCCGAGCCCUAACGCCUAUGAGAGGCAGCCCAAACCCAGGCAGCCGCGGCCGAACGUAGAAACUGGAGGCGGCGGUGAGCCCUCGGGCGCCGCAAACGCCAAGUCCAGAUGAGAGAAAGGCCGGAAAAGGGGAGAGAAUGGGUUGGGAGUUCGGGAAAUGAGUAUAUGAACCGGGAAGCAUUCUGGGAAAGGAGGCGUCAAGCUACCUAUAUAGUAUUCGGUGCCAAAAACAAAAAAUAG